AGAUGGCAAUGUCUCUCAUCCAAGCGUGCCGCAGCCUGGCUCUCUCAACAUGGCUGCUUUCCUUUUGUUUCGUGCAUCUGCUCUGCCUGGACUUCACCGUGGCCGAGAAGGAAGAAUGGUACACCGCCUUCGUGAACAUCACCUACGCCGAGCCCGCGCCGGACCCCGGGGCCGGGGCGCCGGGCGGCGGCGGCGGCGGCACCACCGCCGAGCUGCACACCGAGAAGACCGAGUGCGGGCGCUACGGGGAGCACUCGCCCAAGCAGGACGCCCGCGGGGAGGUGGUCAUGGCCAGCUCGGCCCACGACCGCCUGGCCUGCGACCCUAACACCAAGUUCGCCGCCCCGGCCCACGGCAAGAACUGGAUAGCCCUCAUCCCCAAGGGCAACUGCACGUACAGGGAUAAGAUCCGGAACGCGUUCCUGCAGAACGCCUCCGCCGUGGUCAUCUUCAACGUGGGCUCCAACACCAACGAGACCAUCACCAUGUCCCACGCAGGUGUAGAAGACAUCGUGGCAAUAAUGAUUCCGGAGCCCAAAGGGAAGGAGAUAGUAAGCCUGCUGGAGAGAAACAUCACCGUGACGAUGUACAUCACCAUCGGAACCCGGAACUUGCAGAAAUACGUGAGCCGCACCUCGGUUGUGUUUGUCUCCAUCUCCUUCAUCGUGCUGAUGAUCAUUUCCCUCGCCUGGCUGGUCUUCUAUUAUAUCCAGAGGUUUCGAUAUGCAAAUGCCAGGGACAGGAACCAGCGCCGACUGGGAGAUGCAGCAAAGAAAGCAAUCAGCAAGCUCCAGGUCAGGACCAUCAAGAAGGGUGACAAGGAAACUGAGCCUGAUUUUGACAACUGUGCAGUUUGUAUUGAAGGGUACAAGCCCAACGAUGUGGUCCGGAUCUUGCCCUGCCGGCAUCUUUUCCACAAGUCCUGUGUUGACCCCUGGCUCCUAGACCAUCGCACCUGUCCCAUGUGCAAGAUGAACAUUCUUAAAGCCCUAGGGAUCCCGCCCAAUGCCGAUUGCAUGGACGACUUGCCCACUGACUUCGAGGGAUCUCUGGGAGGUCCGUCAACCAACCAGAUCACCGGCGCAAGCGACACAACCGUAAAUGAAAGCUCAGUCACUUUGGACCCUGCUGUCCGGACCGUGGGAGCCUUGCAGGUGGUCCAGGACACAGAUCCCACUCCUCAGGAGGGAGAAAUCAUCUUCACCACCAACAGUGAGCAGGAGCCAGCUAUAAGCAGUGAUUCUGACAUCUCGCUGAUCAUGGCAAUGGAGGUUGGACUGUCUGAUGUAGAACUUUCCACCGACCAAGACUGCGAAGAGGUGAAAUCUUGAAAUGGCGAAUAUAGAAAAAGGGGAUGAUAGGACCCAAGGGGAAGGAAGGGAGGAGUGCCCCAAGACUGGACCAGGCACAUGCACCUCCAGAACACCUUGGCAACUCCAGGGCACUCCACACAAGAAUGGUACCGAAAAGCAAUAUCCAAAGUCACGUUCAUCAGGAUGCAGUUUCUCCGUCUCUACAACAGCUCAUGGCCUUGGCACCUUGGAAGUUGAAAGCUGAUUUUCUCUCCCAUGUCCUUGGAGACACACACUUCCGAAGUUCCUCAAACAGACUGAAAAGACACUUUUAGGGCUUCUUAGUUUCAUUUCAGUUUCUUGUUUUCCUAUUUGGGGAAUGUUGUUGAUUUCUUUGGCGCUUUCUUUUUAAGGACUAUGUGUAGUUUAUGUUCACUCUUUUGUUUUUCCUUUGAUUCACUCCAGCUUUUGUACAGAGUUCUGUUUAGAAGCAUCAGUUCCUGCUAUGACCGGUUUGUAUUCCAUCUCUGAGAUUAAUGGCCUUGACCUCUCAGCAUGAAGUGUGCAUGGCUUUAGGAAGUGCCUCAGCACCUUGAAACAGUCUUAAGGCCAGCUUUCGUUUAGAAUCUAAAUUCUUUUAAGUGGAUCUUGGAAAUGCCAGCUGCCAGAGACCCCAACACCAAGCUCUGAAUCUGCUGAGGGCACUGCUCAUUUUUUUCAGCUACACACGCUGGCUUCCACUUGCCAGGCUCUGUUAAGGACCCACGUGACUUGAGAAGGAAGCUCUAGGGAGGCACUUCAAUCCAUCUGAUUCUUAACAGUCUUUGGCUGAAAUUCUGAACUCACAAGUUCCCACUAGGGCGUUAGCGCCAUUCUCUGUGGCUGUAGGGCUUGUCCAUCACUGGGACCGCAAGCCUAGUUUUCAAACCAGAUACCAUAUACUCUUCCUGAAAGCAAAAUGUCUGUUUCCCCAAGGCUACAGCAGUCUUUUGUUACCUCCACAAAUGGGUUCUGCAGGAGAUGGAAGCUUUAGAAAAGAUCCCGUCAUCUUUGGAUCCAACACAGUGAGGGCUGCAGUAGCAUCUAGGUCUUACCUUAAUUCCAAUAUUCUGUUCAACCUCGCCAGACCCCGAGGGAGGAUCUAGGUAAAUCCUUAAGAAAUUGCUUCCCAGGGCUCCCCUGAGUGCGUCUAGAUACCAAGUGAGGAGGGAGGUGUGAUUUGAUAAACCAUUUGAUCUAAAAAGUACAGCAUGGGAAUUGUUGACGUCAAGUUUCUCCUGACUGAGAGGGACAAAGAGGGAAAGGAAACGAGGUAUCAAAGUGAAUUCUAAAAACCCACCGGUGUUUUUAAACUGUUUGUUUUUAUUCUUUUUUUGACAGAGGUGUGCUAUUUUUUUCAGUGGGCAAUUUUGUAAUACAUUGAGACUCUCCAGAUGCAGGGAUGACUAAGGCAGUGUGAACAGCUUCCCUGGACCAUUAGAUGGAUCACCUCGACAUCCGUGAAAGGCCAUUCUGCUGCGUGGGUUACCUGGGAGAGAAAGCUUCUCUCACUGAGUUAUUUAUGUAUGUGAUGAGGCCCUUCUGUCUCGCUACACGCACACUCAUGCAAAAACAGAGUUUGGUUCUGCUGUAAGAGCUUGCUGCCUGCUGGAACACGGUGUACGUGUCAAGGGAGACCCCUGGCUGCUCUUUUUUCACCACCUUGAACAAUUUCCUAUUUGACGCUUUCUAAGUAGGCAGCAAGGCAAGGAAAAGGAUCACCACCUUCACAAAUGUCACAUCUCUCUAGGAGUCCAACACCUGCAGUAAUGAAAUCCAGGGUCUCCAGGCAGGGAGACAUGAAGGCAGUGCCAAAUCAGGAGUCAGGAGGCGUAGAUGAGCAGCGUGCUUGCUGGGCCUCGGCUUCUCCAUCUGUAAGUGAAUGAGAUUAACAAGAUGAUGCCCAAGCCUCCUUCUGGUCUCAGGACCACUAAUGAGCAUUUUGCCUGGGGAUCCAUUUUUGACAGAGAGCUAUGACAUAUAGCAGACUUUCUACCUUGGGGAGGCACAGUUACUUGACAUGUAACGUAUAACAGCUUUUGAGAUUUGGCACCCCUGCGUGGCUGAGACUAUCUAAAUGACUGAAUUUUAAGUGCAAGUAAGAGUUGGUUUGUUUUGCCUUGUUUUAAAAACCACACUUAGGGCUUCCCUGGUGGCUCAGUGGUUAAGAAUCCGCCUGCCAAUGCAGGGGACACGGGUUCGAGCCCUGGUCCGGGAAGAUCCCACAUGCCGCAAAGCAACUAGGCCCGUGUGCCACAACUACUGAGCCUGCGCUCUAGAGCCCACGAGCCACAACUACUGAAGCCCGCACGCCUAGAGCCCGUGCUCCGCAACAAGAGAAGCCACUGCAAUGAGAAGCCCGCACACCACAAUGAAGAGUAGCCCCUGCUUGCCGCAACUAGAGAGAAGCCCGUGUGCAGCAACGAAGACCCAACGCAGCCAAGAAAAAUAAAAACAAAAACCACACUUAGUCACAGAGUUUGCAGUCUCUGGAUACUUUCAAAUCCUCGUUCUCGGUGUGGAAUUCUUCGCCUCCCGGUAUUUCUUUUUCCUGGUCAGCGAAGGCCUGCACUGCCGACCUCUCAUUCAGUGGGCUUUGCCCAAAACAAAUUUUGGUGUUAAGUCAAGGGGAAUUAGAAGGACAAUUCAACAGCAAAGGAAAUAUAAAUUGUAUUCCAUGCCCAGAGAGAAAAUGCCUUUUGGAUUGAUGGGUGUUCUCUCUUCCUGCCAGCGACCAGGUAGAUCAGGAAUUGGUAGCUUAUGUGCGCUGUGGCCCAGCAGCCCCUAUAAGAUGCUGCACGGGGGAUGAGGGCCCCGACCGGCCAAUCUGAGGCCUGUGGACCUGACCCCAAGGAGGUUCCGCUGCAAACUCUCUGAGCCUAGAAGUUUCUCCUUUACCGAAGGUUUGUUUCUGAAGAAUUUUCCUAUGGCUUAGGUAGUUUUAAACAAACAACAAAAAAAAAGGUUAACUGGCAUGGGACGUGUCCCCCCCCCAAAAAAAAAAAUGGAAACAAUCCUUCCUCCACAACCUUCUUCACCUCCUCCCCAACGAAGAAGAAACUCUGACCUGGGGCCCCGGUAGCUCAAAGAGUAUCAAAGGGUGUGGGAACCUUCUAGGGGUGUAUGCAGACUUGAUGUGUAUUUUUCUUUAGUGUCUAGACCAGUACUGUUCAACAGAAAUAUAGUACAAGUCCCACGUGUAAUUUUCAAUUUUCUACUGGCCACAUUUUAAAAAAGCAAAAGGAAACAGGUAAAAGUAAUUGUAAUAAUAUCCUUCUUUAAGCCAAUAUUAUUGUUUCGACACGUAAUUAGUGUAAAAAGUAUUCAUGAAAUACUUGACGUUCUUUUUCCGUACUAAAUCUUCUAAGGGCAGUGUAUGCUUUACGCUCACACACCUCUCCGUUCGGACUGGCCAUUUCUCCAGCUGUCAGCCGCGUCACAUGGCUCGUGGCCACCUUGGACAGCGCGGGGCUAGAGCUUCUCCAACAUUCUCACAAGAUUCCCUGACCCUCACAGAGUAAAAAGGUUAAAAAACCUAAUUACCUCCAGAAAGAACUGGACUCCACCCAAGCCACCUAAUGAGAGGCCCAGAGAUCCAUUUGUUUUAUAAUGAGUAAAUAUGCGGACCAUCCUUUUUGAAAUUUUUGCUGGAUCUUUCUAACCACACCACUGACGUCCAUGACCGUAUUCUGUUGCUUCCUUGACCAGUUGUUUUUUUAAAAGUCACACAAAGCAUGUUGAUUUGGUGCUGAGACAAAAUUUUAUCCUUCACUUCCACCCUUGGACUGAUGUGUGGCACUCAGGAGCCAAAGAGAAAUCCAGACUCUAUUCAUCCAACUUUACCUCAACCCCUGGUCUGCCUUAUUCCUGAUUGGCAGAAGGUCUUUUCCUGGUCCCAGUGCCCCGUAGUCCCACCACUAUAGCUAAAAUGCCUGGAUUUGGGAGGAAAAAGUGGGAAGGUACAUAUUGACUCCAAAUACAAGACUUUGUGUGGCCUUCUCAAUAGAGAAGAAGUCUUUGGGGCUUGUGACCGUCUGGCCCCAAGUUGGUGAAUUAUGACCACCUGCAACUCAGAAGCCAGCUCUCAACUUGGAAAUAAGCAUCCCCCUUAGACCCCAAGGCUGUGGGCAAGAAAAGGAGCAUCUCCAUUCCCUCAGAAUAAUUUAGUCCCCCCUAGGAAUUGCUACGUCCUGUGUGGCCAGUCCCUUUGGGAAGAACUGAGCCCUGAUCAUGCAUAGAGCAUAGGAAUAUUGAUGAUUUCAUCUCUAGGGUUUGGUCACCCCCUAAAAUGUCAUAUCCAUCAUCUAGGCAGGGAGCGGUGGAGAGUUUGGAGAAGGUAGAAAGUUAGAAGUAGCAAAGGCACCUACCUUUUCUGACAUCACUUAGUCAUGAUCAUGACCAUGGCGUCAAAUCUUUGUCCAAAGAGGGUUUUUUUGUUUGUUUGUUUUGUUUUGUUUCGAGCAUUUUCCUCAUUCCUGAUGGAAACAUCCUGGAUGCUCCUGGGUCUGGAUUUGGUCAUAUCAAACCGUGGUACCCAGUGGUAGUGCAGUUAGUGCUCUGACAUCCCUGAAGCUGCCAUCCUUUCAGAACCAAAAAUGAUGACAGAUAGCCUAUCGUGGGACUCUUUUACUCCCAUCAUGUUGGUCAUGUUUAGAUGAAAAUUCUUGCAGAGCAUACAAAAUAAAUGGCAUUUAGUUGUCCAUUGGAUGCAUCACCUUGACCAAAAACAAAGAAACCUCAUUAAAUCAAAACCCUUUCAGAAAACCUGAGAUAGAGUCACAGCCUCUGAGGAGGGAGGACCCAGCCCCCCCGUGAUUCUAGAUAGAGCCCCUGAGUCCAUUUCUGGUAGCGUGUUUUUAAUAGACCCCCACUUAGAUUUCUUGCCCUUUUUUGUCUGGGUGUGUCUCUCUCUAUCUCUGGAUCUCUCUGACUGCCUGUCUCUUUCUUUGUACACACACCCACACACACAUCCUUUUCCCAUCUUUCAGGACCAAAAAAAAAACCUUAGCGGCUCUGGAUCUAUAGGGUUGUCACUAUUGUGAUUACCAUUGUUCCUGUUGGCAUUUUUUUACUGUGCAGCAGUAUCUAUCUUUUCACUUCUGAUGAGGAAAACCAGUUGACUAUAAAGGCAAAUUAACUUCCUCUGUAAUGGGGUUUGCCUCAUUUUCACUUCUCAUAUCACUAAUUUUAUCACAAAUCACCUCUAGCUAUUGCCUUUUUUUUUUUUUUAAAGGGUUCCUUGCCAGAAAAGUCUCUGAGGUAAAUAAUGGCAAGGUAACAAUUCCAGAAUGCUGUCUAAUCUCUUAUCUUCCACCUCUAGCAUUUGUGACCUUCUUAGUUCACCACAGGCCCUCCCCACCACAGGGUUAGGAUUUCUUGGAAAAAGAUGUGGGCUGUACCGUAUCCGAUGUCCACUCCUGCUUCUUAACUCUCUUGGCACGAGAGUUUGCUCUUUGUAAGUGAUCUGAGAGGCCACUUCUUCCUUAAGACUGAAAAAGAGGCAAAAAAAAAAAAAAAAAAAAAAAAAAACCCAUUCCCCUAAAGUGACAGACACACAGAUUCUUGUGCAGUGGGCUGCAGUCACAGAAGUCCCUCCUCUGUGCUAUUUGCAUGGCCGGGACUGAAAAGUACAUUUGAUAAUGGCAAUUAAAAGGUGGUGGGGAUACUUACCCGCAGGAAGUCAGAAAAGAGGAUGGCAGCGUAUGAACAUGGAUGCUCUUCCUGAAUCCACGAACAUCCCCUAGCUUUAGAGAUGACCUGUUUGGGGGAAUGUGUACGUCUUAAGGAGUUUAACGCUCAUGAGUUUAACUCCUGAUUGCAAAGAAGGUUGGGAUUACCUGAAAAAUAAAUUAAUUCUGAGAAGCAGGUGUGAGUUUCUCAUCACUUACCUCUUCCCUUCCCCUGCUCCCCUCCCCACCUCACAACCCCAGGCCCUUUGUAAUAGGAACAAUAAUUUAUAAAGACCCAUAGAUCAGUAGCUAUGCUCUCCCCUUUGAGCCUUUCGAUGGCACUAAAUUAAUCAUCCCAAAACCCAAGCAGUGAUUCCAGAUCCUGGAUGUAGACCCUUAAUUAUCAAGCCCUGUAAUUGCAAAACCUGCUCACUCUACAAAGAAGCUGCUGAGGUCAUUUACAUCUCUCUUUACAUACUCUGAAUGUUGCCUGCCUUGCAUGCUUCAUGAUCAAGUGGCUUCUUCAGGAACCUCCGUGAUCAAAGACCUUCUCAUCCUUGUGAUACUGUUAACAUUUGUACUUACUACCGAGCUAUUCUCUCUCUGGCCACCUGAUAAAUAUUUGUUAAGGAUAAUGGUAAGGCAAGAAUAUACAUCUCUUCAGAGGUUCUGCCGGUCUGAACAGAGUGAGGGAGAAAACUGUGGAGAAGGUAGCUCAACCUGAGUUACCUAAAGUCAUUGCUUGACAGAAUGUCUGUGGUCUUGUCAUCCUUACUGAAGUGAAGGGCUUGGAGAAGCAGGAAAAAUGUGGGGACCAUGUGUACUGUGUAAACCAAAGACCGAUCACCAUCCAAAUGGACACAUGUUUCUUCCAGUGACGAGUUUAAUUUUCUCACAAUGUGCUCAUAAAUAAAAGUGAAGGUGGUUUGCUUGGUCGAAUGAAACUGUGAAACGGGGGGUUUUCUCUUGCAGGCUGGUGAUUGACCUUACUAAAUCCAGAAAUCUAAAAAGAAUGUAUCAUGGCCUUAGUACCGCACUAUCUUGAAAGUCUAGUGCUUAGUCCCCUUUUCCCUCAAAAGUUUCAGACAAGUCGAGCGCUUUAUUGAACUCAGAAUAUUGUUCUCUUUGAGAAUGUGAAGAUUUUAAAUAGCCAAAGAAUUUUCAUGGAUAAGAGCUCAUUAAUUAUAGCAUAUCCUGCUCUUUUGAAGAAAAUACCAGACUAUUGCCUGUAGUAAUAGAUAGUGGAGAAAUGGAAGAAGGACUGUUCAGGACUUUUCAGUCCGUGUUUGUGUUGGCGUCUGUGGUACUUAGUGUUAAGUGGGAUGUUAUUGCAAAGGGGCAGAGUGCCCUCUGCUGGAAUUCUCGCCACUAUUCUUUCAGCCAGCUAAUUUGACUAGGGCCACCAUUUCCUCAACAACUAGUAGUGAUUUGCCUUUCAUCAUACAGUUUCCUCAGUAGUUGAGAAUUUGGUCCACAUUUGUCAAAAGAGGAAGGAAUGUCACAAACUCUGAAAAGUUGGAGGAGGAUCCUGUGGAAGAUCUGUCAGCAGCCCCUUUCUUCUGCAGAAUGUUGAAAGAGUAUUGUUUGCUCUGUUUGCAGGCUGGAAUGUCUGUGCAGAGUUAUAAGGCAAGGGCCUAAUUGUUUUGUAACGUUAGCUCAACUUUUUUCUUGUCAGAUUGCAAAGGAAGAUCAAUAAACAGACUUCUUUCAUAUGAAUGUAAAUGGUGUGAAAUACUCACGUGUUUUGUACAUGUACAUAAUAAUAUAUUUACUUCCUGCUUUCACAUUAGUAAUCUGAAAUGGUUGUACCAUUUUAUAAUUAGAAAGAGAUGUAAGGUUGGGGGAGGGAAGGGAGGGUUGUUAUUUUUAUAGUGGGAUGUCCCUUAUAUUUAGAAAAUGAAGUAAUUUUGUACUUGUGAAAAGUUACAUUCCAUUUAUUUCCUGAAAAAAUAAUGGGUGUUGUUCUUUAAAAUGUUCAUGAGCUGGGAGUAGGAUUAUUCUAGUUUCCAGGGGAACCUCCCAAGCAGUAUAUAUGUGACACUGAUUUUGUGGACUGCAGAUCAUGACCAGCAAUUGCCAGCUCACUAAUGUGAAAAAAAACCACAAAAAACCCAACUUAUUUAAACCUCUUUGUAUAGAGCACAUUAUUAUUUCCACUGGAAAAAACAAAUGUGUCUCCUACAAAGAAUGAAUCUACCAUUCAGAAAUAGUCCAGACAUGGCAUCAUAAAUCAAUCUCUAGUCCCUCCUUACUAGCAAGAAAAAAAUCCAGUAGAUUUAUUUUUCCCCUCCUGAACACAAAUGAUGUGCUUUCGUUGUAAAACGAAUGAUGUCACUGGUAGAAUUUUACUUAGCGUCCCCUCGAGGUCUUUCUGGCCAGUCUGCAGCUCCCACGCAUAAUGAUCCCUGACCCAUCCUCUCCAUAUUCCGAUAAUGAGACUGAGCUUCCUUGAUUUUUUUGCCACAUGACUCAAAAUCACCGAAGUUAUUCCUCAUGGCAUUUGCAUGAGUAACUUUUUUUUUUUGGACUUUGGUUAGCUCUUAAUUGCUGAAAAAAUUUAGUAGUGAAUUAUGUAGCUGUUUUACCCAAACAUCUUCUAUACAAAGUCACAGGUGUAUUUAAAUGAUUAGUUAAGGCAGUGUAGUUAUUAAUUUUUGUUUUGUUUUCUGUAUAAUCUGUUUCUCUUUCCCUCUUCCCCACCUCAGGCACCUACCUUACUCCUUCUAAAGCACUUUAUAUAUCUCUUGAAAUACACGGAAGUUUUACAAAACUGUCUUUAAAGGGAUUUGUCUUCUAUUAGGAGACACGACUUUUAUCUUGCUUUAUUGUAUUCUCUAUGUGCUUGGAAAGCAUAAGCCGUUUGUCUCAUGUGGGCUAGUGAUGAAAUAUUAAGGAUAAUAAUUGGAAACGUUCAAUCAUACAACAUGGCUAUUUUUGUUAUAUAGAAGACUAUCGUGUAAAUAAGUGCAAUCGUGUUCUUAUGUACUGGUUCAAAAAAAAUGCAACUAUGAAGAUUUGAAAAGGAUUGUGAAUUCCAGGAAAUUUCAUUGCAAAAUUUCGUUCGGUUUUGUUUUUUAAUAAAUUGGAACCAGAUGUA